AGAACCUGUGCAGCAAACACUGUGACGCUUUAGUGCUUAACCCGGAAAUUACAGACAGCUGUGAAAAGCAGCGAACACAUCUUUUAUCUUUCAUGACAGUGGCAACUAGUACUGUGUGCUCAAUUCACAACCUGCUGAGUUUCGACCUUUAAAGACACUGACCCCCCAAGAGAACUGAGACCAGGCCGUCUGCCGGGCUGGACCUUGGACCCCUGAGAUCUGACGCCCCCUGCUGCUUUUGAGACCUGGAACUGAGGAGUCAUUAGUGAAAGGUUUCAGGUGUGCCGGGAUGGGAAAUCUGAUUAAGGUGCUAACGAGGGACAUAGACAACAACGCCGGGAAUUUUUUCCUGGAUUUCGAAAAUGCCGAGCCCUCGGAGUCAGAGAGGGAGCUCUGGGACCAGGUGAACGUGGUGCUGAAGGACGGCCGGGGAAUCCUGGAGGACCUGCAGUCCUACGACGGGGCGGGGGAGGUGAUUCGGGAGGCCAUCCAGCACCCCAGUGAUGAGGGUCUGCAGGAGAAGUCGUGGGGCGCAGUGGUGCCCCUGGUGGGGAAGCUGAAGAAGUUCUACGAGUUCUCCAUGAGGCUCGAGGCGGCGAUGCGGGACCUUCUGAGCGUGCUCACCAGCGCACGCCACACCCCCACGCAGCACCUGGAGCGCGAGCAGGCUCUCGCCAAGCAGUUCGCCGAGAUCCUGCACUUCACCCUGCGCUUCGACGAGCUGAAGAUGACGAAUCCCGCCAUCCAGAACGACUUCAGCUACUACCGCCGAACGCUGAGCCGCAUGAGGAUCAAGAACGUUCCGGCAGCGGGAGAAAAUGAAGUCAACAAUGAACUGGCCAAUCGGAUGUCUCUGUUCUAUGCUGAGGCCACGCCCAUGUUGAAGACAUUGAGCGAUGCCACAUUAAAGUUUGUGUCAGAGGGCAAGGACUUACCCCUAGACAACACAACAGACUGCUUAAGCACAAUGGCAAGUGUGUGUAAAGUCAUGUUGGAAACACCGGAGUAUCGCAGCCGAUUCGCCAGUGAGGAGACGGCCUCCUUCUGCCUGCGUGUCAUGGUGGGCGUCAUCAUCCUGUACGACUACGUCAGCCCGGCUGGGGCCUUCGUCAAGUCCUCCAAAAUUGACAUGAAAGGAUGCAUCAAGGUUCUCCGAGACCAGCCGCCCAACAGCGUAGAAGGUCUUCUGAACGCUCUCAGGUACACAACAAAACAUCUGAACGAUGAGACUACCUCCAAGCAAAUUAAGACCAUGUUGCAAUAGUAUCCACCCCGAGAGAUGUACUUAAAUUACCAUGAUGUACAGACUGUUUUAAAAAGUAAUUUUCAGAAAAUCCAUAAAGUGGUUGCUCUUUCCCUCUUUUUUUUUAACAAAAUGUUCUUCCUGUAACAUUAAGCGCAGUGUUUUCUGUGCCAAAACUGUGUUGAAAAGGAAAAGCUGAAUGCUCAGCUUUGUGCUUUCUAAAAGGCCAUGUCUCAAUGUGGCAGCUACAAACCGCAUGUCAGAGUGGGAGUAAUGCUAGACUUGAAUAUUUAGAAAUAUAAAUAUAUAAUAACAAUAUCUUUUGUUAGCUCUGAUAAUCUCAUUUCAUCUCACUUUUUCUCUGCUUGAUUGUGUGUGAAGUGCAUAAAGAUUUUUAAAUUAUGUUUUUUUUUUUAUACAAAAAGGUAUAAAAAGGUACGGUGAUGGAGAUGUUUUGAGAGAAAAAAAAAAAAAACUUUUUAUAAGCUUUGAUUUGUAUGUUUUUUUUUGUACGAGCUGUCGUUUUUUAUUUUCAUUUGAAAACUAAUUUUGAACUGUGAUGAGCAUAGAUGAGAAGGGGAGGUGACUGCGCUUGUAUGUGCAGUGGUUUUGCUGUAACUACGUAUGCGCAGUGGAUAGCUGUGACUGUGUAUGUAUGCACAGUGGAUAGCUGUUACUGUGUACGUAUGCGCAGUGGAUGGCUGUAACUGUGUACGUAUGCGCAGUGGAUGGCUGUAACUGUGUACGUAUGCGCAGUGGAUAGCUGUGACUGUGUAUGUAUGCACAGUGGAUAGCUGUUACUGUGUACGUAUGCGCAGUGGAUGGCUGUGACUGUGUAUGUAUGCACAGUGGAUAGCUGUAACUGUGUACGUAUGCACAGUGGAUAGCUGUGACUGUGUAUGUAUGCACAGUGGAUAGCUGUUACUGUGUAUGUAUGCACAGUGGAUAGCUGUGACUGUGUAUGUAUGCACAGUGGAUAGCUGUUACUAUGUAUGUAUGCACAGUGGAUAGCUGUGACUGUGUACGUAUGCACAGUGGAUAGCUGUUACUGUGUAUGUAUGCGCAGUGGAUGGCUGUCGACCGAGAGAAAAUAAAGCUUUUUAUCUAAA